AUGAAUUAAAAUAAUUUAGAUUAAUUGAACACUUUAUUAAAGUCAUUUGAUGGAAAGAAAAAUUUUUUUUAAAAUUGCACAUUUUUCGCUAAUUAAUUUAAAAUUAGAGCAGAGAUAAAUUUAUACUUUGGAACAGCAGAGUAAUUUUAGCUAUGUACUUUUGUUUUAGAUUCUUCCUCUUUAAGCAAUUUUUUUUCUCCAAAUAAAUUCUACUUUGAAAAUGUCACAGGCUUUUAUCAAAUUUAUAACAAAGAUAAGAAAUAUGGAGUUGAAAUUUUUGCUACUUAGGUUGAAAUUAAUUUUUAUAAUGAAGUGGGAGAUAUUGAUCAUCAAAAUUUAUUUAUAAUGAAUAUCAAGGUAAAUUUCACUAGGGAAAAAUAUGAUCAACCAUUUGGAAUAGAAAUUAAUGAAAUAAAAGAAUAAAUAUUAAAUUAAUCUAUUGUAAUUUAUUCUGUUUUAGAUAAUAAAGCUUUUACUUAUAGUUUAAUUGUUUCCUUAAUUACUAUUAUUUAAAUUAUUGGGAGCUUAAUAUUAAACAAUAUAUUUAAAGAUCAAAUAUCAAUUGCAAGAUAAUUUAGUUCAAUUACUUUUGAAUUACUUUUGGCUUAAGAUAUAGUUUUGGGAACAAUUCAUUAUUAUUUUUCACAAUAGAAUAUAGUAAAGAUUAAUAAUAUAUUAGUGGUUUUUAUUUCCUUUAAUCUUUGAAUUAAUUCAAUCCUUUCUACUUAGUAUACUUAUAAUUAAAAUUAUUGUAGAAGAAUAUUAUCCUUUAAAAAUAUAUUUUUUUAGUAAAUUGUUUCUUCCUAUUGCUAUAAUUACAAUUUUAUUAAUAUUAUGUUUUUACUUAAGUUAUGAAGUAUUUAUAAUUGCUUUAAACUUAUUUUUAUUGCCAUAAAUAUAUCAUUUAGUAUCCAAUGUCGAGGAAUCUCAAUUUUGCUACAGCUUUGUAUUAUUUAUAUUGAGUAACAGAAUUAUCAUACCAGUAAAAAAUUAAUUAAAAUUUAGAUAUAUUUAUGCUGUUGCCCAUUCAAUUUUUUAUCAUUUUAAGCAUCAAAUUUUACUAGUAUUAUAGUAUUAUUGAUUUUUUGUACUUAAGUAAUUAUAUAUACUCUUUAAUGUUAAUAUGGAACAAAAUUUUUCAUACCUUUAAAGUAUUAAAGUAAAAACCACAAUUAUUUUGUGAUAAAGAAUAGUACAGAAGAAUGCUCUAUUUGUUUUUAAUCUUUAAAGUAAAGAUAAUACUACAUAGUGUAAUCUUAAAACCCUAAACUUAAUUAUAUGUUAUUUAGAAACAUAAAUAUGUAGAUGAAAACGCCUUGUGUAACAAUGAAUUAUAUUCUAGAAACAUUAUUUCCACUCUGUUUGUUUGAUUAUUUGGAUGACUAUAUAAAUGUCCUGUCCUUUAUGCCGUUCAAGACUUCCAUCUAUUUUAUGA